CCCGUCGAGGUCUGCGAGAACAUCAUCGACAUGCUCUACUCGCUCCCUAUCGUAGAGCGACUUGAAAAUACUCGCACCUUGCAUCACUGCGCCCUCGUGUGCAGAGCCUGGCGUGUCCGCUCCCAGCGUAACCUAUUCUACUCAGUGAUUCUCCACGACCUGCCAGCACUCCAGAAGUUCUCCGCUGUCCUCGACAACGCGCCCCAUCUGUGCGACUAUGUCUAUGAACUGACACUCGUCGGGCGCACCCUUCAUACCACAACCAGUCCUCUCUCGCCCUUGCCUAUUGCCCUCCGUGGCAAGCUCCCUAAUCUCCAAGAGGUCACUAUAAUUCGUUCCCUACAGUACCUUCCUCUUCAUCCACGCUUCGCGCUCUACUUCUCUGCAUUCACGACGGUUUCUCGACUCCAUAUCGUGGAUAUCACAUUUGGGCACUUCAAUGACUUCGCCAGGAUGAUCACUUCCCUUCCGGCCUUUCAACUACUUGAAUGCACCCGGGUGCGA